GUGAGUUGCCAGUACAAACCGAAGACGAAGAAGCUCUUGUCAUGGACGGUGGAUGGUCAAGUCGCAGCGAUCAUUACACGCGUGUUGUGCAUGUAACAGUAGCUGUGCAUUAAUAAACACAAUGUCAUUUUAUUACUACGCUGUGGUCUUAUUUUAUUAGUCUGUGCACGAAGUUUUCUUGUUUUUAAGUGACGAGUACGUCUGAUUUUUGCUCUGGUCAGCAUGCUAUGAGAGAAGGCUAUGGAAGAAGUGAGAAAGUGUUUGAGAGACUUCCCGAAAGAAGCUCGAGAGCUUUAUCUGAAUGAGGCAGUACCAUAUCUGGAUGAGCCGCUCUCCCCUCUACAGUUCUACCGGGACUGGAUCAGCUCUAAUAAGCCCUGUAUUAUCCGCAAUGCCUUCAAUGACUGGCCCGCUUUGUCUAAAUGGAACCCCACCUAUCUCAGGCAGGUUGUUGGCUCCAAGCUCAUCAGUGUUGCUGUUACACCAAACGGCUAUGCAGACGCUGUUAACGGAGAUCGCUUUGUGAUGCCUGAAGAGCGCCAGAUGACUUUCUCAGCCCUGCUGGACAUUAUAGAGGGCAGAGUAAAGAGCAGUGGCGUGUUCUAUGUGCAGAAACAGUGCUCAAAUCUGACUGAGGAACUGCCAGAGCUCACAGGAGACGUACAGACUCACAUCCCCUGGAUGAGCGAGGCCCUGGGAAAAAUGCCUGAUGCUGUGAAUUUCUGGUUGGGAGAGGAGCAUGCAGUCACAUCUAUGCACAAAGACCACUAUGAGAACCUUUACUGUGUUAUCUCCGGAGAGAAGACAUUUAUUCUACUCCCUCCCACUGAUCGACCCUUUAUACCAUAUGAACUGUACCAGCCUGCUACAUACAAACAGAAGCAAGAUGGCAGCUUUGAAAUAGUGGAUGAAGAGGAUUCAGAAAAAGUGCCUUGGAUUCCCCUGGAUCCUCUAAAUGCAGACCUGGAACGCUUUCCCUCCUACAGACAGGCCAGACCACUGUGCUGUACAGUGAGAGCAGGAGAGAUGCUUUACCUCCCCUCACUAUGGUUCCACCAUGUCCGCCAGUCUCAUGGAUGCAUAGCAGGUACUGUGAAGGGGAUUUUCCUGUAUUGUAUCUUAGACUCUGUUUGGUUUACAAAUGUAGUUUCAUAUGGGAAUAAAUUCCCUCCUCAAUCACCAGGACCGAAAACAUUCUUUAAUAAUGACAUUUGAAUAUGAAAAUGCAGUGCAAAUGUAUGAAUUUCAGUAAGUAUAGGCAUAAAUACAUUUGGAAAAUAUGUUGUUCCUUGAAGUAAUAGAAAAUAAUGUGCUUUGUGUGUCUCUUCAGUGAAUUUCUGGUAUGAUAUGGAUUAUGAUAUCAAGUACAAUUACUUUCAACUGGUGGACUCUCUAACCGGAGUUGUGGGUUCACUAUGAACCUUUGACCUCUUGAACAAAUCAUCUUCAAAGUGUGAACAGUGGCACAGGGUAGGAAUACUUUCUGAAUAGGACAAGAGUGCAUCACAAGGCACCCCACACAUCUAAAUUACCUAAGGGUAAUUUAGCUAAGGGUAAUUUAUGGUCACCAAUCCAGCUAAUUGUUUUUGGAGAUGGGAGAAAACCGGAGAACCCAGAAGAAACCCACAUGGGCAUGAGAACAUGCAAACCUCCACACACACAGUAUCCCGAGCUCAGAACAGAUCAAGUGUUGCCUCUCAAAUGUUUAAAAAAAAUUGACUUGGCACUUAUUAUUGUACACUCUGAGAAGGAACAGCUGAUUCAUGCAUAACAAAUAACCAGAGUUUCUGUGUAAUAAAUACAUUUUUAUUAACUAGCACCUGACUUUGCUUUUCAGAUGACACUUAGAGAUAUAAAAACAAGUAAUUUAGGAGUAGUGCAGAACAAACAAUAAACAAGUUUCAAACGGGAAACAGACUGAAAACCUUUUCAUUCAUGUUUAAUGCUAGCUUCUGUGAUUUUCUGCCUUACAGGAAAACAGAACAGCUUAGGUAGCUACAGAUAUAGAGCUGAAUAGCAAAGCAUUGGAUGAUUGUUCUUCAAGAAAUUCAGAUAUAUAACCAUGCACUCUAGUUCAUGACCCAGUGAGCUCUGAAGUCCACUUCUCAUCAUGCAUACAAGUUUUGUCAUGCUAGCAGUAAAGUUACUCUCCUACUACUGUCUUUAUAUAUAUACCCUCUACACUUUAAAUUCACUCAGUUCAGUAAAUGAUUAACAUGAUCACAUGAUUAAAAUAUUACUUUAUAAAAUAUAAGAACUGUGCAUUAAUUUGUUAUAAUUUGUUUCAUGCACAUUGAAAUGGUCACUGUAAGCUUUUGUAGUUAAAAAUCUUGCCAUUAGGGCAUAGGGUUGAGGCUGGUUUGGGAUGGAGGAUCAAAUAAAUGAUUUGUUUUGGGCA